AUGACAGAUUCACAAGCUAAACAUAUACCUUCGUUAUCUGAAAUAAAACAUCUCUCUGAACAAAUACCUGAGGUACAAUGGGCUCCAGUACGAGGUAUACCCUUUGAACGAAGGGUUCAGACAGCAGUUGUCCUUGCUUGGAUCUUUUUAUUAGGCAAUUGUCUCCUCUCCUUCACUCUCUCUCUCUUCUUUGCUUUUCUUUGGCCAUUUCAUAUUGCUUAUAUCAUUUAUCUUUGGUUAGACCCUUCUCCUGAAAAUGGCGGUCGUCGUUCAGAAUGGUUUAGAGAGUUAUCUUUUUGGAAGUAUUUUGCCAACUAUUUCCCCAUAAAUCUAGUCAAGGAAAGUGAUCUCGAUCCUUCAAAGAAUUAUAUAUUUGGUUAUCAUCCUCAUGGCAUCAUUAGCAUGGGCGCAUUUGCUAAUUUUGGAACAGAGGCUACAGGUUUUUCCCGUCUCUUCCCCGGUAUCCAACCUUCUCUUUUAACCCUGAAAUCUAAUUUUAAUAUCCCACUCUAUCGUGAUAUUAUCUUGGCAUUAGGUCUCGCCUCUGUCUCUCGUCGUUCCUGUGAACGUAUCUUGGCAUCAGGUCCAGGUCGUUCCAUCGUCAUCGUCAUCGGAGGUGCAUCCGAAUCUUUAAACGCAAGACCUGGUGUCGCAGACCUCAUCCUGAAGAAACGUUUAGGUUUUAUCAAAUUGGCAAUCAAGCAAGGCGCUGACUUGGUCCCUACCUUUUCCUUUGGUGAAAAUGAUCUCUAUGAACAAAUUGAUAAUUCAAACGAGAGUUGGUUAUGGAGAAUACAAAAGAAGAUGCAACAGGCUGUCGGUUUUACUCUUCCUCUCUUUCAUGCGCGUGGUGUCUUUAAUUAUAAUGUGGGAUUGCUUCCAUAUCGACAUCCAGUGGUGACAGUUGUGGGUAAACCUAUUUCAGUUCCAAAAUUAAAAGAAGGUCAAACAGAACCCACUGAAGAUCAACUUAAAGAAACUCAAGAUCUUUAUAUUAAAGAACUUGAAUUUAUCUAUAACAAAUACAAAGAUGUUUAUGCAAAAGAUAGAAAACAAGAAUUACGUAUUAUUAGUUAA